UUAUGUUGUGUAUUGAGACGAUGGGCUGUUGACGUGAAAUGAAAAUCGCAAUUUAUCUAAUGAUUAAACAAGUGUUCCAUACCUAAUUGGCAUUUUAACUAGCCUCUACAUAAAUAAGUGGAUUAUGUUAGGAUCCCCAUACAGAAAUGACCGCUCACACUCGGGCAGCCGAAGCGUCAAGUCAAAAGCAAGCAAGCAAUGUUAUAAGUCUUCAGAGGACUCUGACAGUGGCGAUGAGGUGCAGAAGGAAAAAAGAAAAUCGCGAGAGAGUAGCUCACCAAGCAGUCCACCUCCCACAAGAAAAUCAAAGCACAAAAAAGAAAAGCGCUCUUCAUCGACAUCCUCAACAACUCAUAAGUCGAAACACAAGAAAAAGAAAAAGGGUCGCCGGCCGGAGUCCCCGGGGUCGGGGUCGGGCGAGGACUCGGACGGCUCGGUGAAGCUGCUCCGGAAGCUGCAGCAGGAGCGGCUGCGACGGCUGGAGGAGCGGCGCCGGCAGAAGGAGCUGCUGAAGGCCACCGAGACGCCCGAGGAGAAGCGCCUGCGACGCCUGCUCAAGAAGGAGGCCAAGGAGCGCAAGCGCAAGGAGCGCAUGGGCUGGGACAACGACUACCUGCACUACACCAACACCGACAACCCCUUCGGCGACGGCAACCUGCUGGCCACCUUCGUGUGGUCCAAGAAGCUGGACAAGGAGGGCCUGACGGGCGCCAGCCGGGACGAGCUCGAGAUACGCAACCGCCAGAAGCAAGAGGAAAACAGGCGCGAGUUGGAAAAGGUGAAGAAGCGCCGGCAGGAGCGGGAGCUGGAGAGGCAGCAGCGGGAGGACGAGAUGGCGCUGAUGCAGCGCGGCAAGGAGGCCGCCCAGUUCCAGGAGUGGGAGCGGCAGGAAGACCAGUUCCACCUGGAGCAGGCUCGGCUGCGCUCCCGCAUCCGCAUCCAGGAUGGCCGAGCUAAGCCAAUCGACCUGUUGGCGAAGUACAUCAGCGCGGAGGAGGAAGUGGAUGCAGUGGAGAUGCAUGAACCGUACACGUAUCUCAACGGCCUCACGAUCAAGGACUUAGAGGACCUCAUCGAAGAUAUCAAGGUGUACAAGGAGUUGGAGCGUGGCAAAAAUCUGGAUUAUUGGAAUGACAUCACGGUCAUUGUAGAAGAUGAGCUGCACAAACUACGCAAACUUGAGAAGCAGAGUGCCUACGAAGAAGCGGUUGGCCGUCGGGAAGGCAUCCACCAGUCCGUCGCGAAGGACGUGGCGGCUGUGUUCAAAGGGAAAACCGCAGCGCAGCUUGAAGCGAUGCAGCUGAAGAUUGAAACGAAAAUCAAUGGCAAACCUGAAGGCGUGGACAUCGGUUACUGGGAGUCUCUUCUCUCGCAACUCAAAGCGCACAUGGCCCGCGCCCGGCUGCGCGAUAGGCACCAGGAGAACCUGCGGCGCAAGCUGGAGGUGCUGAAGGCUCAGCAGGGCGUGGCGGCCUCCGCCCGGCUCCCGGGAGACGCCCCGAGGGAGGAGGGCCAGGCGGCGGGGCAGAGCGACGAGGUCGCAUCCACCUCCAGCGAGGAGGAGGAGGGGGAGGGGGAGGAGGAGGAGGAGGAGGAGAGCCAGGGGGACCAGGCGGCCCGGGCCAUGCUGACGGAGAGCUUCGCGGACUACGAGUCGGGGGGCUACAGCCCGCAGUACCUGGCGUCCUCGCAGCUGGACCCUGGCACGCUCAUCACCGCGGAGGAGGACGACCUGCAGCGGCUGGAGUUCGCCCGGAAGCAAGUGCAGGGCACGGGCAGCCGCGUCGAGAAUGUGGUGGCGGCGGAGGAGCAAGCCCUGCUGCGUGAAGCGAAGAAAGGGAUGACGGGAGAAGAAGCAGAGUUCUCAGUGGAGCAGGCACUGGACAACCAGGUGUACUUGUGGUCCGACAAGUACCGACCUCGCAAGCCGCGGUACUUCAACAGAGUUCACACCGGGUUCGAGUGGAACAAGUAUAAUCAGACUCAUUACGACAUGGACAACCCUCCGCCCAAGAUUGUGCAAGGUUACAAGUUCAACAUUUUCUACCCAGAUCUUAUAGACAAAGGAACCACACCGGAAUACUUCUUGACGCCCUGCCCUGACAACCGUGACUUUGCCAUCUUGCGGUUUCACGCCGGACCUCCCUACGAAGACAUUGCUUUCAAGAUCGUGAACCGGGAGUGGGAAUACUCUUACAAGAGAGGUUUCCGUUGCCAGUUCCACAACAACAUCUUCCAGUUGUGGUUCCACUUCAAGCGAUACCGCUACCGUCGCUGAAGACUCUCCGUAGUGGUAGUGCUGCAAAAUAAACCUACUGUACAGGCACAGAAAACUGUUGUCUGGCUACCGAGAAGCAUUUACUGUUUCCUCCGGGAAUGUUGGCGAUUAGGUCAGAGGCUGGGAUGUGGGUGCAGCAGUGAUAUUAUUUCUUUCAUGCAUUUGAAGAGGCUUAAUAAAUUUGGGCAAAAUAACUAUAAAUAUACAUAGUCAUAUCGUGAAAAGAGAUUGAAUAUCCUAAUGGUCAGUGUAAUGCAGUAUGUGUGUUAAUGGAGUUGACAUAGAAUAUAAAUUUUUGCACCUAAAUUACUUCCAAAUAUGAAUAAUUUGAUAUUACAGUAUAAUUGAUAUAAUUGUGCAUGAUUAGUGCUAUGACUCAUGUUGAGCACUUUGUGAGAUUGCUCAUCAUACCACAUAGAGUGAUAUCAUUUUCAAAAAUAUGGCAUUUUAGAAAUCAGUUAUUAAUAAUUUAUUUAAGAUUCAAUUCUUUCAUUAAUAUUCAAUUUCAUGAGCUUCCAUAUUCUUUUAAAUUAUAAUUAUGAUUAAGGUCCUGCUUUUGGAUUUCAAUAUUUCACCACCCUAACUCAAGCUUCACAAAUUGAACACCCCUUCCCAAAAAAACUUAAAUGUGUUUGAUAUGAUGUAGUUAGAUAAAAAAUGUCAGAUUUUGGAGAAAUAAUGUUUCCAAGUUAUCAUUAGGUACACUGUCCCACAGACAACAUUCAAUUGUGAAAUCCAUUAAAACAUGGAUAUUAUGAGCAUUGUUAGAUGUUCAUUCAUAAAUGAAGUUAAAAUCAAAGCAUACCAAUUUUUUUUUUUAUAUAAACUAUUUAAACCUCUUUAGAAACUUACAGAACUUUACUUUAUAUGUGACUACAGUAGUAUUUUAUUCUUUUCUGUGUACCAAAAAAAAAAAUUGUACUCCAGUUUUUGGUCUUGUGUGAAAGUGGACCAUAUCUCAUUUAAUUGUUAUAAUUACAUAAUUUUACUUGUAAUCAAAUAUACUGCUUAAAAAAAUGCUGCAUUUUUAUAAAAGAGGUACUGAAAGCUCUAGUAGUUGUGCUGCUAGCAGCCUUGUAUAUUGGGUGUGUAAAUAAUUUUGAUACCAAUCACAGGGAAGACAUUUGUGUGAGAAUGUUUUGUGGACUUGCGUAAAUGUUUCAGAAUUAUGUGUAUUAAAAUGGUUUGUUAAUUACUGUAAA